AUGGCUUCACGAGACCGCCGUGCUGAUGAUUCCGGCGAAUCGAAAAAGGGUGCCAAAGCUGAGCCUUUUUUAGGUGGCUAUUUCGACAAAAUCAAACGGGUGCUAUUCCAGCGCCGCAACCAAGAAGAAUCAACAACCGAGAACAGCACCGUCGCAGAACCCAGCGAAGUCAUUGACAUCGAGUGGACAGAACCGCUUGUGAGUGACUUUAACUCUUCCGAGAAGAGAAAGAGACUUUCGAUACAAGGGCACCCCAGCGUCGCGGCGAUUCCGCGCUCGUUGUCCAUAUCACAACCGAGGAGAGAGCACAGUGCAGCCAGUCGCUCUUAUCUGACAAUCUUGAGCACGUACAAUACAAACGAGCAGGAGCUCAACAAUGAUUUGGAAAGACGCAAGUCGUUGAGGACAGAGAGUUUGAAUGGCAACCUCGCAGUUGCCGAGGACUCCAUUUUUGAGCGAGGCGAGUCUCCUUACUUUAAUUUGCCACAGUCGAAUCUAGCGCAUGCGGGAAAGAACUACGACAUGUUUGAUCUGCGAACAGCCCUGAUUAGUGACCAGGAGCAGGAGCAGGAAGUAGACGAAGAGGAGGAGGAAGAGGAACUGCUGCAACGGUCGAUCCGCCCGGGGUUCUUGCAUAUCGAUCCACAUCAAAGGAACAAGAGAAUAAGACUCCAGCGCUCAAUGGACAUCUUCGAACUGACUAGAAAGAAGAUGAAGUAUAUGAUUGAUCCAAACGAAACGGUGAGCGAAUCUUCGAGGACCACCAACCGGGUCGAUACCAGCACUCAAACUAGAGAUGUGGUGUUUCUAGAAAGGAGUUUGAACUUUAAAAAGCGCGAGAGAAGCAUCAGUGACGUGAUUUCGCACGCAACAACAACCACCACCACCCCCACCGCGAAGAGACCCAAGAAAAAGGGCUUUUUCAUGGGUGAACUAUACUACGACGUUCUGCAGCCAAAGGAAAACAAGCUGAAAGCGGAUGCAGCUAGUUAUGCGAGUCAGAUUCCUAGACCAAAGUUUGGCACCAAGAAGAAAGAUGAGGUGCGUUUGACGAAUAUUAGGCCCCAGGAGGAUGACGAUAACAGUGGUGGUAGCAAUGGUGGCAGUUAUGGUGCUAGUGCUAGUGGUGGUAAUGGAUUUGAUUUGGCUGCAAAAUCAUCAAAAGCCGAUCGACCUUUUGCACUGGGAAAAUUGAACUUGAGCUUGGAGCAAGAUUAUGUGCAAAAAGCACGGUCCAUUUCAGACGUCAUCAAGAUCAAGGAGCAGCCUCGUGUGGAUCAGGGGAAACUGCACUCCAAGCCGAGCUCGUCGUUUAAAUUCAACAUUGACAGCAAAGCAGUCGAGAAGAUUUUGAGCGACUCCAGCCAGGAGGAUCUGCGAAUUGAGAAGCGAGAAAGCAAUGUCAAGGCAGCUGGACUUGGUGCUGGCGACACCUCGCUUGAUAAUGGUGCUAAAGCCUCAGAACCUGGGGCUAGUGGAAAAGAAGUAUCUGAGAGCCAAUUCAGUUUUGGAAAAGAUCCAAGUCAAACCUCGUCACUUUUUGCCAAUUCGGCUCGAUCUGAAAGCGCACUGACGAAACCGACAUUUUCGUUUUCGUUUUCCGGAAAUGCUUCUGCCUCGGGCUCGACUUCUAAGCUGAAUACUUUCAACUUGGGCAAAGCUACAGAACACAGGGAAUCGCCAGUGAUGGCGCCGGCUCCUUCGUCAAAGCCCAUGUUUAACAUUAGCCCCCAGCCACCCCUUGGAGCAAACGAGGGCACAGGCGAAGGCGACGAGGAGCAACUGAGGAAAAGGUCGAGAUUUGGAGGAGGAGACAAAGACGAGGAGAAAUCUGUUGCAGCACCAAAAUCGGGCACUUCCUUGUUCGACAAACCGCUGCUCUUUGGGGCUAAACCGGCCACAUUUGAUGCAGCACCGACUGGCGGAAAUGGCAAUAAAAACAAUGCUGAAACCCAAAAAUUCAAGUUUGCACAGAAUCCGCCAGCUUCUAGUGGGUUUUCGUUUAAUUUAGGACCAAAAGCAAACUUGGACCUCGAAAAGAAAGAGCUGACUGCUUCACCGUCUCCUUUGUUUGAAUUUGGGAAAAAACCUGCAAAUGCUGACACUGCAAAAUCAACGGGAGACACAGAAGGUCUACAUGAGGACAAGAUUAAUAAACCAAAUGAAUCUCCCGGUGCAAUGACCUUCUCGUUUGAUAAGCAGCGCAAGCCCGGAGAUGAAGAUGAUAAUGAUAAAAGGAGCACCGAGGAAGCUACAGCAGGGCCAAAACCCGCAGCUGCACCUGCUGCACCUACAGGUACGGCUAUGGCUCCGUUGUUUUCUUUUGGCAGCGCGGUCAAGCUGGCACCAGCCACAACCACGACAGAGUCGCCAUCGCCUGCUGGUGAGCCCGCCAAGCCUCCAUUUCUGUUUGGAACGUCGGCGCCAAGGGAAGAUAAACAGCCCACGCCGUCUUUUACGUUUGGCUCUUCUUUCAAACCUUUGCAAGGAGAGGAAAGUGCCAGCGCCAACAGUGGGAAAAGCCAACCGUUUUCAUUCACCCCUGCUGCUAAACCGAAUGUGCAAUCUUUGGUCAAGAGUAGCGAGGCGGGAGUGGAGAAGAAAUCAGAGUCUCCCGCGUCGACUACAUCGAGCGAAUUUAAGUUUGCGCCUGGUGCCAUUGCCACUGCCGCUGCUGCUCCUCAAUCUUCUUCUCAAUUGCCAUCGAUCCUGUUUGGUUCGGGAAACACGCCAUCAAAGUCGCCUUUCCAAUUUCUGCCGCAACCGCAAGUGGCAGCUCCGAAGCAGGCAUCGGCGCCCCCUCAGCUUUUUGGGUCAGGUUUGAGUUCAACCACUGGUGAGACCAAGCCGAGUGUAUUUUCAGGAUUCAGUCAAGCUGCACCUGCGUCAUCAUUAUCGUCUUCUUCAUCGACGACAACAGCAGCAGCAGCAGCAGCGAAUCCAAACGUUUCGACGGACGCCAAGGCCAACGUCAAUCCCGGGUUUGGUCAAUCGACAUCUUCGGGAUUCGCCAAUGCUUUCGCCAAUAAGCCAGCUGCCACUACCGCCACCACCGCCCCCGCCACGACAAACUCACCAUUUGGAGGUAUAGGCAGUGGCUUCUCGACGAACUCUGCAUUUGGAACCAGCAAUAACUCACCCGCUUUUAAUAAGCCGCUUGAAACGCGAUCCAAGACCCCCGCUUUUAAUUUCGGUACCAAUGGGCUUGCCACUAAGCCAAACACGGCGCCCCUGUUUAACUUCACGGGAAGCAAAGAAGCAACGCCUGAUCCAGCUACUAUAUUUGGUAAUCACGCUCCUGCUCCUGCUGGUGGUGCUAGCAGGGAGAAUACAUCAUUUGGAGGAUUUGGAUCGUCUGCUCCUGCUUUUGGCCAGCAGCCACCACCGCCACAGCAGCUGGCGUUCCAGCAGGGUGGAUUGUUUGGUCAACAACAACAACAACAACAACAACAACAACAGCAGCAGCAAGCACAAUCUGGUAUGGGAAUAGCUCAGCCGACGCCCUUUUCGUUUGGUUUUGGCGGUGCCAAUGCUGGAAACAAGGCUAUGGGCCAGGGUCCCAUGGCCCCCAUGGGAAUGGGCAUGGGCAUGGGCAUGGGUAUGGGGAUGUCUUCUCAACCGCCGAAUUUGCCCUUUGCUCCGACUCCACCUCAAGCUAAUCCGCGACGAGUCGCCAUCCCCAAGUCGAGAAAAAGGUAA